UGCAAUAGUAUAUACAAUUAACAAGUUCACGAGUCACAGAAACCUUUUGACGAGAAAAAAAAAAAGAAAGAAAAAAGUGAACGGUUACAUUAUACCGAUUUCAAUACAAUGAGACGUGAAUGCUAUGUUGUUUGCCUCCUCUUUGGUCUCUCCAUUACCGCCACCAUGGCUUCCCGUAAGGAAGCUUCAGGAGGACUAAUCGCCGGUGGUUGGAACCCAAUAAAAAAUCUCAACCCUCACCUGGUAGAUCUCGCUCAAUUUGCUGUGACAGUGCAUAAUAAGCAAUCUGAUGACCCUCUCAAGUUGUUGGCGGUCAACAACGGCUUCACGCAGGUGGUGUCUGGCGGCAUAAACUACAAAAUCAUCCUAUUGGCAGUCGAUGGCCUCACUAAACAAUACCAGGCCAUUGUGUUUGAGAAUCAUUCUCAGAACUCGAGGAAGCUCAUUUCCUUCAUCCCUUAUUUUAGUUGAUGCUUGAUGCAUGUAUCUGCUACUAUCUGCUAUUAUUAUUCUAUAUAGUCAUAUCCUGGUUAUGUAAAGUUUAUGAUUUUGUAUGGGAAUAAAUAAAUCGAAAAUAGUAUACUAAAAUUUCAUAC